UGGCUUCUCUUGGGAGGCGAAGUACCAUAGAGGAGGAAAAACAGCGCUAGGUGGGGGAGGCCCUGAGCUCCCCGCCGGCAGGUAGGAGCCCAACUGGGUGGUGCUCACGCGCUUCUCUGUCGCCCGGGGGCGGGCACGUGGGGGCGGCCCCGCAGGCGGGGGCCGGGGAGCGUCUGCUCUGCCCAGAGCCCUCCCGCCCCGCUCUAAGGCCCUGCCCAGGCCCUUUCUCCUUCCCCGCCCCGCUUGUCCCCGCAGCGCGUGGUGGGGCCGGGCCGCGCUCGGCGGGUGGCAUGGCAGCCGAGGUGAAGGUGACGGGGCAGAGCCAGGAGCAGCUCCUGUUGCUGGCCCGGUCGGCUCGCGGGGCGGCCCUGGUCAGCCUCAUCCACCAGGUGCUGGAGGCGCCCGGCAUCUACGUCUUCGGGGAGCUGCUGGAUCUGCCCAACGUCCGAGAGCUGGCUGAGAAUGAGUUCUCCUCCGUCUUCCGUCUGCUCACCCUCUUCGCAUACGGGACAUAUGCUGAUUAUUUAUCUGAAGCUGGGAACCUCCCUCCAUUGAGCGAGGCUCAGAAGAACAAGCUGAGGCACCUGUCAGUGGUCACUCUGGCUGCCAAGAUCAAGUGCAUCCCCUAUGCAGUGCUGCUGGAACAGUUGCAGCUGAAGAAUGUGCGGCAGCUGGAAGACCUAGUGAUUGAGGCCGUGUACGCAGAUGUGCUGCGUGGGAGCCUGGACCAGCGUAAUCAGCGUCUUGAGGUCGAUUACAGUAUCGGGCGAGACAUCCGCAGGGAGGAGCUAAGCACCAUCACCCGCACAUUGCAGGAGUGGUGCCUAGGCUGUGAGGUUGUCCUGUCGGGGAUUGAGGAGCAGGUUAGCCGAGCCAACCAACAUAAAGAGCAACAGCUGGGCCUAAAGCAGCAGAUAGAGAGUGAGGUGGCAAAUCUGAAGAAGACAAUUAAAGUGACGACAGCAGCAGCUGCAGCAGCCACAUCUCAGGAUCCAGAGCAGCAUCUGACAGAGCUCAGGGAGCCAGCUCCUGGCACCAACCAGCGCCAGACCAGCAAGAAAGCUUCUAAAGCCAAAGGGCUUAGUGCCAGUGGAGCCCUGCACCCCAGUCAUCCGGAGUGAAUCUCUGAGAUCCUCGAUUUGAGGCAAUACACCUCCUUUGUGGUGGCAUCCAUCCCCAUCUGAGAAUCACAGCCACUUCUUCUCAUGUGCCUUGGGCGAGGAUGUGGGGGUGAGUCUAUGGGCCUCUUGCUCCAUUCUGAGACUUUGUUUCUUUCUCUGCAGGCUCCGGGGCAGCGCAAAGAUCUGGUCUAAAUCAAACUAGCUGGAUCUCUGAACUCCUGGGAGGGUGAGAGGGAGAAAGCAGGGUUAAAAAGCAGGUGUCCUGAGAGUGACACUUCUCUACUCAUCCCCAGCAUCUGUCUGUCCAACUAGUUCUUCUGCACGUUCGUUCUUUCCCAUCUGCUCUAUGCUUCCCUCUCUCCUCCAUCCCCUAGCAAUCUCUCCCAUUCCUCUGUUGCCAUCUCUUACCACCUCAGCUCUUCUGUUCCAUGUCUCUCUUGCCCUGUCCUUUGACAGGUAAAUUUAAAGAGCCAUAGGACUAACUCCGUUUCAGUCACUUUAGCACCAGAAUAUCAUGGAAGCCUGGAAGGAACUUGUACUGGUGCUCAGCAGCCAUUUUGGCUCUGUGGGAUCCUGGAACAAUUUUGCUCCAGAGUGUAGCUGCCAUCUUGAUUUUGUUCUUUGUUUUGCUGGGUGGGGAUGGGUGGUUUUUGUGGGGGAUUGUUUAAAGAAAUAUAUAUAUAAUCUACAUAUAUAUUAAAAAAAAAAACAAUAAAAGGUAGAUCUGUGCACAUAUCUAUAUAAACUUUCCCUCCUGAGGUGUUGUCUCACUAUGUUGGGGGAAGUUUGAUGCAGAUGCCUGAAAUCCCAAAGCAGCCAAUGAUAGUGGAGAGGACCACCUCCUAUUGGCAGAGAUGGGGUAAGGGACCCAACUGGAAUUUGUUUUCCAUCCAGUGCAAGAAAUUGAGAGAGACUUCCUAAUACCUUGGGGGAUUUGCGGUGGGGAUAGGGUGUCAGAGAGGCCCUUGCCUCUCUGCCCCCUCAGCUGGUGAAUGUGCACUUUUUCAGCAGGGUGAGUCACUCAUCCAUGGCUGUAAAAUCAGCAGUGCUCCUGUUCCUGCAUAUAUAAUUGAGGAUGGGGAAGAGAACAUUCUCUUUCAUGGAUCCCAUAGACUGACCUUGGAAACAGGGAAGGAUUAAUAGAUUGGUAAUUUAUUCUGACCUGCAUAACAGAGGCAAUAGGAUUUCUGCGUGUGAUUCCUGCAUCAAGUCAGUAACUUCUGGUUGAUCUAAACCAUAUUAAUUGCCCCAAAACUUUAACAUACAGUUGAAGUUUCCCAGCAGUGUCUUAUGCCCUUCCAGAAUGUCUAGUCUACCCACAUCGUACCUUUGAAAACCAGGAAAUAGUGUGUACCUUAACUCUUCAUCUCCGCAACCGUCCCUGAUAUCUAUCCCCGCCCCAGAGCUGGCACUAGCCACUCUGUCUACACUACAAAAUUAGGUCGAUUUUAUAGAAGUUGAUUUUUAGAAAUCGAUUUUUAUACGGUCGAUUGUGUAUGUCCCCACUAAGCGCAUUAAGUUGGCGGAGUGCAUCCUCACUACUGUGGCAAGCAUCGACUCACAGAGGAGCGGUGCACUGUGGGAAGCUAUCCCACAGUCUCUGCUGCCCAUUGGAAUUAUGGGUUAAGGUCCCAAUGCCUGAUGAGGCAAAAACAUUGUCGCAGGUGGUUUUGGGUACAUGUCGUCACUCUCCCCUCCCUCCCUCCUUCCAUGAAAGCAACUGCAGACAAUCAUUUCGCGCCUUUUUGCCUGGGUUACCUGUGCAGAUGCCAUAGCACGGCAAGCAUGGAGCCCGCUGUUGUAAACAACUCGCGCAUUAUACUGCAGUAUGUGCAGAACCUGGCUAAGAGACAGCAGCAUGAGGAUGAUUGUGAUGAGGACAUGGACACAGAGGUUCCUGAAAGCACAGGCUGUGGCAAUUGGGACAUCAUGGUGGCAGUGGGGCUGGUUAAUACAGUGGAAUGCCGAUUCUGGGCCCGGCAAACAAGCACAAACUGAUGGGACCGUAUAGUGUUGCAGGUAUGGGAUGAUUCCCAGUGGCUGCGAAACUUUCGCAUGCGUAAGGCUACUUUCCUGGAACUCUGAGUUGCUUUCCCCUGCCAUGAAGCGCAGGAAUACCAAGAUGAGAGCUGCCCUGACUGUUGAGAAGUGAGUGGCGAUAGAACUGUGGAAGCUUGCAACGCCUGACUGCUACCGGUCAGUCGGGCAUCAAUUUGGAGUGGGCAAAUCUACUGUGGGGACUGCUGUGAUUCAAGUAGCCAAUGCAAUUGCUGACAUUCUGCUAUCAAGGUAGUGACUCUGGGAAAUGUGCAGGUCAUAGUGGAUGGUUUCGCUGCAAUGGGUUUCCCUAACUGUGGUGGGGCAAUAGAUGGAACGCAUAUCCCCAUCUUGGCCACCUUGCCAACCGGUACUUAAACCGUAAGGGGUACUUCUCAAUGGUGCUGCAAGCACUGGUGGAUCAUAAGGGCCAUAUCACCAACAUCAGCGUGGGAUGGCCAGGAAAGCUACAUGACGCUCGCAUCUUUAGGAACUCCGGGCUGUUUGAGCAGCUGCAAGAAGGGACUUACUUCCCAGACCAGAAAAUUACCAUUGGGGAUGUUGAAAUGCCAAUAGUUAUCCUGGAGACCGAGCCUGCUCCUUGCUCCUAUGGCUCAUGAAGCCAUACACAGGCAGCCUGGACAGUAGUCAGGAGCAGUUGAGCUAUAGGCUGAGCAAGUGCAGAAUGGUGGUAGAAUGUGCCUUUGGGCGUUUAAAAGCACGCUGGCGCAGUUUGCUGAGUAGGUUAGACCUCAGCGCAACCAAUAUUCCCAUUGUUAUUACUGCUUGCUGUGUGCUCCAUAAUACCUGUGAGAGUAAGGGGAGAUUGAGGCAAAUAACCUGGCUGCCAAUUUUGAACAACCAGACACCAGGGCAAUUAGAAGAGCACAGGUAGGCACGCUGCGCAUCAGAGAGGCUUUGAAAACUAGUUUCAUGACUGGCUAGUCUAGGUUGUGACAAUUGUAUGUGUUUCUCCUGGAUGCAAACCUGCCCCCUUUGAUUUUUUUUUUUUCUUUUUCUUUUUAACCCCCUGUAAGCCAACCACCCUCCCUCCCCUUCGAUCAUAGCUGGCAAAGGAAAUAAAGUCACUGUUGUUUUGAAA